GGGGCGGGAUUGUAGCAUAAUAGGCCAAGCAGCCGCUUGUGGGUGACUGAAAUUUACAGCUUGAAUCGAGGAUACCCCGCAGUGCUGCAAGUCGCGUGAUUGAAACUGAAGCAAUGGCUAAGAAAGUUUGCAUUGUUGGCUCUGGAAACUGGGGCUCUGCCAUUGCCAAAAUUAUUGGAGCAAAUGCUGCACAGAACCCAAAGUUUGACAAUGUCGUCAACAUGUGGGUUUUCGAGGAGAUGGUGGAUGGACGCAAGCUCACAGAGAUCAUUAACAUAGAUCACGAGAACGUGAAGUACCUGCCUGGGCGAAAACUUCCAGAUAAUGUGUUGGCAGUGCCAGACCUGGCGGAGGCUGCCAAUGGAGCCGACAUCUUGGUGUUCGUUAUUCCUCAUCAGUUCAUUGGGAGAGUGUGUGACACCAUUAAGGGGAAGAUAAAAAAGGAUGCUCUUGGACUCUCACUGAUAAAGGGAGUGGAUGAGGGCCCUGAUGGCCUGAAGCUGAUUUCCGACGUCAUCCAGGAGAAGCUGGGCAUCACCGUCAGUGUUCUGAUGGGGGCCAAUAUUGCCAAUGAGGUAGCAGAUGAGAAAUUCUGCGAGACAACCAUUGGUAGUAAGAACAAAACGGAUGGUGCUUUACUGAAAGAGCUCAUGCAGACGAAGAAUUUCCGCAUCACAGUAGUGGAGGAGUCUGAUGUGGUGGAAAUCUGUGGAGCACUCAAGAACAUAGUAGCAGUGGGUGCGGGCUUUUGCGACGGGCUGGGAUUCGGUGACAACACCAAAGCGGCGGUGAUCAGGCUCGGCCUCAUGGAGAUGAUCGCCUUCACUCGCCUCUUCUGCACCGCUGGACCCGUCUCCCCUGCAACCUUCUUGGAGAGCUGCGGCGUCGCCGACCUCAUCACCACCUGUUACGGCGGACGCAACCGCAAAGUUUCUGAGGCCUUCGCCAAGACUGGGAAGUCUUUAGAGGAGCUGGAGAAGGAGAUGCUGAACGGCCAGAAGCUUCAGGGUCCAGCCACAGCAGCAGAGGUCCAUCACAUCCUCAAACUCAAAGACCUGCUGGACAAGUUCCCUCUCUUCACUGCAGUCUAUGAGAUAUGUUACCAGGGCCGUCCAGUCUCAGAAUUCAUUGACUGUCUACAAAACCACCCAGAGCACAUGUGAGCAAGGUCUUCAGGAGGCCUUGACUGCCUACGUUCUGUCUCUCUGUGUGUGUGUGUGUGUGUGUGUGUGUGUCUGUUUGUCUUUGAUAAUAUGACCAUGGUAAAAAAGUGUCGUCCAGAUUCACUCUCAGAACCAUCAGAGUAACUUCAGUCUAACACAUUUCUGAUUUUCCUCACUUACACACACACAUACAUAUAAUUAAUAUACACAAACACACAUACAUAUAAAUAAUAUACAUACACACAAACAUACAUAUAAAUAAUAUACACACACAUUCUCCUGGAACAUGAGUGGCUAAAUUAUUUUAUUUCAUCUUCAGAUGGGUCUGUUGGGAUAAUGGUAAACAAUUUGUGUGGAAAGCUGGAAGAGGUGUAUGUGUAAUGUGUGUGUGUGAGUGCAAGAAUGAGAGACUGGGUACUCCAGGCUCCUGCCCCUGAGCUGACAGUGAACAUCGACUGGUCUCCUGUGAUCACUAGGCAGCUAUGAGAGGGAUGUCAGCCUCCAGUGAUGCAUCUCAUCUCUGUCUAAACGCACAAGUUUCACUGGUAGUACUGGAACGGCCUUAAAUCUCAUGCCUGACUCAAUCAUCAGUAUUAACACAAGCCAAAACAAGAGAAGUCAAUGUAUCACCACCAUUGUGCCUUUGACCUUGAACAUUAAAGUCCUCAUGGAUUUUAUACCA